CUUCAUUCCCUAAACCACACACAACCCAAUUUCCUCUCAAAAUCAACAAACAAACUAGCCGGAGGAGAUCAUCACACUGCUCAAUCCACAAUCAACCGUCUUAGCAGCUAACCUUCAACAUGGAUCUUAACCUCAAAGCAACCGAGCUAAGUUUAGCCUUGCCCGGAACCGACGACUUGCCGGAGAUUAAAACAACAACAACGUCUAACCAAAUCAAAACCAACAAAAGAAGUUCACCGGAUAUCGAUGCAAGUGUUACCGACGAAUCAAGAUCCACCCCUACACCAAAGGCACAAGUGGUUGGGUGGCCGCCGGUGAGAUCUUACCGGAAAAACAUAUUACAAGGGAAGAAAGUGGAGCCGGAGAUGGGUUCCGGGAUGUUUGUGAAAGUGAGUAUGGAUGGAGCUCCAUACCUAAGAAAGAUUGACUUGAAAGUGUACAAAAGUUAUGGGGAGUUGAUGAAGAGUUUGGAAGAGAUGUUUGCGUGCAUUAUAGGGUUGUACAGUGAGAAUGAUGGGUACAAGGGAUCAAAGCAUGCGGCAACUUAUGAAGAUAAAGAUGGAGAUUGGAUGCUUGUUGGAGAUGUACCAUGGGAAAUGUUUGUUACUUCUUGCAAAAGGCUUAGAAUCAUGAAAGGGUGUGAUGCUAGAGGGUUGGAUUUAUGAAUUAAUAUAUUAAAUAAACCUAAGUUUUCAUUUAACAAAAUGUGAAAAUGGUUAAUAGGAUGUUUGUAUCGAAUUUUCAUCUAUUUUAGUGUAGAAUGAGGAUUUGAGUUUUUGAAGAACAAUAUACAAAUAUGUAUAGAUAUGUUCAUGUAAUGUCUUUUUUCCUCAAGUUUACUUUUGGUUGUUGCUUUAAAAUGAAAGUGGAUACAUGUUAAAUUC